GCAUGUCCCCUUUCAAAAUGUUUGGACCAAUCUCCGCUACCCUCCAACUUCCUCUUUGGAACUUCUUCUUCUUCUUACCAGUAUGAAGGUGCUUACUUGAGUGAUGGGAAAGGACUAAACAUCUGGGAUGUCUUCUCUCACAAAUCACCUGGUAGAAUAGCUGAUGGAAGUAAUGGAGAUAUUGCGGUUGACCAAUAUCAUCGCUAUCUGGAGGAUAUAGACCUAAUGGAAGCCCUCAAAGUCAAUAGCUACAGGUUCUCAAUUUCAUGGGCAAGAAUUCUACCGAAAGGAAGAUUUGGAGAAGUCAAUUCAGCUGGCAUCAGCUACUACAACCGCCUAAUAGAUGCUUUGUUACUCAAAGGAAUUCAACCAUUUGUAACUCUCAAUCACUUUGACAUACCUCAAGAACUUGAAGACAGAUAUGGAGGUUGGCUAAGUUCCAGGUCAAAGGAAGAUUUUGGAUAUUUUGCAGAGCUGUGUUUUAAAUCAUUUGGUGAUAGGGUGAAGCACUGGGUAACCUUCAACGAGCCAAAUUUGCUAGCUACAUACGGUUACCGCACAGGACUAGGUCCACCAUGUCGUUGCUCUAACACAUUUGGAAAUUGUAGUGAAGGAGAUUCAGAGAAGGAGCCAUUUGUUGUGGCCCACAAUAUAAUCCUAUCACAUGCGGCUGCGGUUGAUAUUUAUAGAACCAAAUACCAGACCAAGCAAGAUGGUAGAAUUGGCAUUGUUGUGAAUGCUUACUGGUAUGAGCCCAUCAGCAAUUCCAUGGCAGACAAAUUGGCCUCAGAAAGAGCACGAUCAUUCACCUUCAACUGGUUCUUGGAUCCAAUCAUAUUCGGUAAAUACCCUACAGAUAUGCAGAACAUUCUAGGAAAUAUAUUGCCCGAAUUUUCCAUCAAUGACAAAGUGAAACUAAAAAGAGGAUUGGAUUUCAUUGGUAUCAAUCACUAUGCUAGCUACUAUGUCCAAGACUGCAUCUCCUCUAUAUGUGAAUCAGGACCUGGAAUCACUAGAACAGAAGGCUCAUACCUACAAAGUGCUACAAAAGAUGGAGUUCCAAUAGGGCCACCUACUUCACUUGAUUGGCAAUAUGUUUACCCACAAGGCAUGGAGAAAACUGUCACCUAUCUGAAAGAAAGAUACAAUAACACCCCAAUGUUCAUAACUGAAAACGGGUAUGCCGAGUUGGACAACCCAAAUUACACUGAAGAGCAAUACCUUAAUGAUUUCAACAGAAAAAAUUACAUGGCGGGUCAUUUAGAAGCCCUACUGGAAGCAAUAAGGAAAGGAGCUGAUGUUAGGGGGUACUUUGUCUGGUCCUUGCUAGACAACUUUGAGUGGAUUCGUGGAUAUACAGUAAGAUUUGGACUUCACCAUGUUGAUUAUGCCACACUGAAGAGAAUACCAAGAUUAUCGGCCAGUUGGUACAAGGAAUUCAUUGCAAAGCAUAAAAUAGAAACCUUCUCCCAGGAAUGA